UAUUUACUAGCCAGAUCUAGCUGUAAGGCAUGACCGACAUCUGGAACAUCUGGAAACCGCUUAAUUUGGCAUGAGCCUGUUAUUUUGGCCAAUUCCCAAAGUUAGUUUUUUUCUAUUUUAAAUAAGUUAAUAGGAGGAUAAGUCAAAAUUUCCGUAAAUCGUAUGUCGGCAAUGCUUUGAAAAGCAGCGGCGCCAGAGGAGGCGGCGAACAGUCGACGGGGGCUUCGCGACGUGUCAACGAUUUAGAAGCGUUUUGAGUUUACAACUUAGUUUCGGCAAAGAUGACGGCCACGCUGCGGUACCGUGGCGACAAGAGCAACCUGCUCGAGUUCGCUAAGAACCUGGACGCUUUCAAGAAGGUGCCGGAAAAGUACACGGAGACCACGGAGAUCGGCGGGACACUUUCCCUGCUCAGCCGCCUGUUGAUCGUCUACUUGGUGUACACCGAGCUGCACUACUACUGGCACGAAACGGACAUCGUCUACCAGUUCGAGCCGGACAUCGCCCUGGACGAGCAGGUGCAGAUGCACGUGGACAUCACGGUGGCUAUGCCCUGCGCCUCGCUCUCGGGCAUCGAUUUAAUGGACGAGACGCAGCAGGACGUUUUCGCGUAUGGGACGCUGCAGCGCGAGGGCGUCUGGUGGCAGAUGUCCGACCACGAUCGUCUUCAGUUCCAGGCCAUCCAGAUCCAGAAUCACUACCUCCGCGAGGAGUUCCACUCGGUGGCGGAUGUUCUGUUUAAGAACAUCAUGCGGGAUCCGCAUCCGAUGCACGAGAGUCCGGCAACAUCGUUGCAUUUUCCAGCUGCUGCACCGCCGCCGGGCGCACUGCUGCCCGUCGCCCUGGACUUUCACCAGAAUCCGGGCGAGCCUGAGAGCAAAUUCGAUGCGUGCCGUUUACACGGCACACUGGGCAUUAACAAGGUGGCCGGUGUGCUGCAUCUGGUGGGCGGCGCCCAACCGGUGGUGGGUCUGUUCGAGGACCAUUGGAUGAUCGAGCUGCGCCGCAUGCCGGCCAACUUCACGCAUCGCAUCAAUCGGCUCAGCUUCGGGCAAUACUCGCGGCGCAUCGUUCAGCCGCUGGAGGGCGAUGAGACCUUGAUCCACGAAGAGGCCACCACCGUGCAGUACUUCCUGAAGGUGGUGCCCACGGAAAUCCACCAGACUUUCAGCACCAUCAACACGUUCCAGUACGCCGUUACGGAGAAUGUGCGGAAACUAGACUCGGAACGGAACUCGUAUGGUUCGCCGGGCAUCUACUUCAAGUACGACUGGUCGGCCCUCAAGAUUGUGGUGGGGAACGACCGCGACCACCUGCUCACCUUCGCCAUCCGCCUCUGCUCGAUCAUUUCCGGCAUCAUCGUAAUUUCGGGUGCUAUUAAUGCGCUUCUCUUGGGUGUGCAGCGGCGCCUGAUUCGCGUCUUUUGUCCGCAGAUGUACCACAGAUUGGUAAAAUCCUCGCCAGCUCCGCCGGCAGUCGUGCCCUCUUCUGCCGCCCAGGCAGCGGUACCGCCGCCGCCGCCUGUCAACGAGCUGCUGCAGACGGCCAACCUUAUGGCCACCGUGGAUAUCUCGGCUUUUCUGCCGACGGCGCAACCCAAACUUAAAGCUGGUCAUUAGCCAAGUCUAGCCGAAUCUCCAGGAACUCUAAAAAUAAGACUAAGUUUUUUUAUUCCCUCAUUAAUAUACAAAAAAAUGGCACACAAAUAUAUUGUACAUAAAUAUGGAUAA